UGGCUGCACCCCUGAGCCUCAGUGUUGCCCGAGCACUGCCCGGCCACAAAGUUUAGCAUCAUGGACUCCCAGGACAUCUUGAAGAUGGCGUCUAAGAAGCAGGGACUCAACAUCAUCCCGAAAAGAUGCAGUUUGGCAGUAGGUCCUCCUAAAAGAGACCCCGAAGUCAAGGGUGUCCAGGCAGCAGCAGUGCAAGCUUUCCUCAAGCGGAAAGAAGAAGAGUUAAGGGAAAAAGCCUUAGAGGAAAAGAGGAAAAAGGAAGAGUUGAUGAAGAAACGCACAGAGUUAAAACACAACAAGAAAGCAAGAGCCAUGGCAAAGCGGACAAAAGACAACUUCUUUGGUUAUGAUGGGAUUCCUCUUGAAAAGAAAGCAAAGAAAAAACAUGGAAUUGAGAGACCCACAGACCAUAAAUGCUCCAGUGAGGACACAGAGUUGGAGUAUGAGGAGCAGGAAGCACCCCUGAAGACUAUAACGAAACCAAAGGCCCCCCUCAGAAGUGCCCCUGCACCCAUGAAGUUCACAGACUUACUCAAGCUGGCUGAGAAGAAUCAGUAUGAACCUGUGGAGAUUAAGGUAGUAAAGAAAAUAGAAGAACGGCCCAGAACUGCAAAAGAACUGAGAGAAAAGGAAUUCUUAGAACGAAAACACAAAAACAUAGAUAGAGGAAAAGAGAAAAAGAUGCUUGAAAGAGAGAAAAGGCUAGUUUCUCCAACUAUGUCUAAAACGAUCCCUUCUUCAAAUGAGAGUGUUAGUGAAAGACACAGAGAUCCUGGGGACAAACAUUGCUCUUCCAGGGGGAGUCACCUUCCCCAUAUAGAUGCUGAGAAAACUAUGAGACUGCCAUCCAGUAAGUCCCAGCCAGGAGAGAAGACCAAAGAAGGCUCUGGAGAUACCUUCCAGCCCUCACCAAGUGAAAGUCACAGCCCCUUCCUCAAUGGGGCCAGGAAGUCCUGCUCUAGCUCCCAUUCUAUGGGCACAGGGAUCUCAAAGACUGUGGUUCAUGAGACUCAAAAAUCUAAUGAGCACAGGCCCUCCAAAUCCCCUUCUUCCCAUCCCAGCCAUUCCAAGUCUGGGGUUGUCUCUACUUCACACGAAAAGACAAGAAAUGCAAGUGCCAAGCAGCCAGGAAACAGUUCUAACUCAACCUCAGGUCAGCCAGGUGUAGGGGCUACUCGGCCAGUCCAAAGCCCUAGGAAGCACGGUGGCAGCUCCAACUCAGGACCUGAACAGCAAACCAGUGGAUCCAAACAUUUGGUUGGUGUCUCAGGCCCCAGUGGGCGACCUGUGAGUGGCUCAAGUGGCCGUGGGCAUCCUACAAGCAAUUUAGGAAGCUCUGGCCAGCCACUCAGUGGCACAGGCUCUACGGGACAGACAGUGACUCCAGUUGGACGACCUGUUAGUGGUUUGAGUGGCCCUGGGCGACCUAGUUCAGGUGGCACUGGGAGACCCUCCAGCAACUCAGGUGGCCCUGGGAGACCCACCAGUGGCUCAGAUGGCCCUGGGCGGACAGUCAGUGGCUCAAGCCCCUCUGUGAAGCCCCGAUGCACAGUUGUUACAGAAACUAUCUUUUCCAAGAAUAUCAUCAGCCCACCUAGCAAUAGGACGAGACCCCCUCCACCUGGCUACAGACCUGCAGUAUAUCCACAAGGUACCCAGAGGCCCCCCUUUCCCCCUAUGGCCCGGAAACGCUAUCUUGAGGAAGAUCAGGAUGAGGAGUAUGAUUCUGAAAUGGAGGACUUCAUUGAUGAUGAUGAUGACAGAGAACCUCAAGAAGAAAUAUCAAAACAUAUCCAGGAAAUCUUUGGAUAUGAUCGUCGUAAAUACAAAGAUGAGAGUGAUCAUGCCUUACGUUACAUGGAAAGCAGUUGGAGAGAGCAACAGAAGGAGGAAGCCAAGAGCUUGAGACUUGGAAUGCAAGAGGACCUCGAAGAAAUGAGACGUGAAAAGGAGGAACUCAAACGCCAGAGAGCCAAGAAAAUGAAACUGCGUUAG